CAUAGGUAUGUGGCAUGUAGAGUUGACCAAGCAUAUUCUAUAUGUCCCUGAGAUCACCUUAAAAUCCCCAAAUCCCUCAUAAUUGAGUGCUAAAUACAUCACCAACAUCUGGAUUUCAUCCACGGAAGAAUCAUAUCCUUAAAUUCAACGAGCAUAAUUAAAUCACCAAGAAACAACCUUCCAGCUCUUUAUGCUGUCCACGUUCGAAAACACAGGGCCCACCAUUGAAAACACACACAGGAAAUUAAACUCUUUGAAUCGGUAUAUAAGGACUUUUAAUGUCCGUCAGUCUCAACAGUACCGAAGAUGAUGAGGGUGAAAAGCAAAAUCGGUGGGUUCAAUUCAAUGAGGGCUCGUGUUCAAGUUCGUUCACCAUCGCCACGCCACAAGAAAUCCUACAGUUUGGGUCGAUUGAAUGAUGGUGUGAAGACGGUGGCGUUUUCCGGCAGUGAAAACAGCAGCGGUGAACUGAAUUUUGACAUCAGCCGUGAGAUGUUGAAGGGAGAAACGGAAACCGAUGAUGGGUGUGGGAAUAAGGUGAUGGUGGUGGUUGAUUCAAGUAUCGAAGCUAAAGGUGCUCUUCAAUGGGCGCUUACUCAUACUGUUCAAAAUCAGGACACCGUGAUUCUCCUUCACGUCGCCUCUGCUUCAAAACUAGGCUGUAAAUCAAGUGGGGAGGUUAAUCAAAGAGUUUAUGAACAUCUUUGCUCCAUGAAGAAAAAUCUUCAAAUCAAAAGGCCAGAGGUGAAAGUUGAGAUAGAAGUGAGACAAGGGAAGGAAAAAGGUCCAGCUAUAGUCGAAGCAGCAAAGCAAGAACACGUUUCUUUGUUGGUUUUAGGGCAACGAAAGCAGUCAAUGAUGUGGAGAAUACGAACAAUGUGGGCAGGAAAGCGAAGCAAAAGCCGGGCAGUGGAUUACUGCAUCCAGAAUGCAAAUUGCAUGACGAUUGCAGUGAGGAGAAAGAACAAGAGACAUGGGGGAUAUCUUAUUACAACAAAGAGACACAAAAACUUUUGGCUUUUGGCUUAAUGUAUAUCAGUUUCAUAUCAAUAUGUACAUUUGUAAGCCUCUCCGGGUCAUAUUUCACACCCGAAUGGUAAUCUUUUCAUUGAAACAACGAAACUGAAGAUCAUAUUACAAAUGAAUUCCAUA